UUAGUCCCCUUAACAAUUUUCAUAUCCAAACAGCCCCCUAGUCCCCUGCCCGCAAAAUCUUUUUCGGUUUCUCUCAUUUUCCUCUGGCCGACUACGUGAAUCGCUCUCCCUUAUCCUCGUGACUUCCCUUCUCUUUAUAUAUAAAAAUAGAGAGAGAGAGAGAGAGAGAGAGAGAGAGAGAGAGAGAGAGAAAGAAACAGAGGAAGUCUGGUUUUUGGUUUGUGGAGUGAGAGAUACAUAGGUACAGAGAGAGAGAGAGAGAGAGAGAGAGAGAGAUGGAGGAGGAAGGGGGAGUUGUUGAGAAGAAGAUAACUAUUGGAGUCUGCGUGAUGGAAAAGAAGGUGAAAUGCGGAUUGGAGGUGUUAUCGGCUCCAAUGGGACGAAUUCUAGAGAGAUUACAGGCAUUUGGUGAAUUUGAGAUUAUACAUUUUGGGGACAAAGUCAUUCUCGAAGAUCCAAUUGAGAGCUGGCCAAUAUGUGAUUGCUUGAUUGCCUUCUAUUCCAAUGGCUAUCCUCUUGAAAAGGCUGAGGCAUAUGCUGCUUUAAGGAAGCCUUAUCUGGUGAAUGAAUUAGAGCCACAACACCUUCUUCAUGACCGAAGGAAGGUAUACCAGCAUCUUGAAGUUUACGGAAUCCCUGUUCCAAGAUAUGCCCUUGUUAAUAGAGAAUUUCCAUAUCAAGAACUGGAUUAUUUUAUUGAGGAAGAAGAUUUUGUUGAGGUUCAUGGCAAUCGUUUUUGGAAGCCAUUUGUGGAGAAGCCUAUUGAUGGGGAUGAUCAUAGUAUCAUGAUAUAUUAUCCCAGCUCAGCAGGUGGGGGCAUGAAGGCACUAUUUCGGAAGGUUGGAAACCGGUCAAGUGAGUUCCACCCAGAGGUUAGAAGAGUAAGGCGUGAAGGCUCUUAUAUAUAUGAAGAAUUUAUGCCAACAGGAGGAACAGAUGUCAAGGUAUAUACUGUUGGCCCUGAAUACGCACAUGCUGAGGCAAGGAAGUCUCCUGUUGUUGAUGGUGUUGUUAUGAGAAACCCUGAUGGCAAGGAAGUGAGGUAUCCUGUCUUACUGACACCUAACGAGAAGCAAAUGGCAAGAGAGGUUUGCAUUGCAUUUAGGCAAGCGGUUUGUGGGUUUGACCUCUUGCGUUGUGAAGGAAGAUCGUAUGUUUGCGAUGUGAAUGGAUGGAGUUUUGUGAAAAAUUCCUACAAAUAUUAUGAUGAUGCUGCAUGUGUAUUGAGGAAAAUGUUCUUAGAUGCCAAAGCUCCACACCUUUCAUCAGUGAUUCCUCCCACUUUACCCUGGAAAGUCAAUGAACCAGUCCAGCCUUCUGAAGGACUAACUCGUCAGGGAAGUGGGAUUAUUGGAACGUUUGGGCAAUCUGAGGAGCUACGUUGUGUAAUUACGGUUAUUCGUCAUGGUGAUAGAACUCCCAAACAGAAGGUGAAGCUGAAGGUUACUGAGGAAAAGCUGUUAAAUUUGAUGUUAAAGUACAAUGGAGGACGACCUAGAUCUGAGACAAAACUCAAAAGUGCUAUUCAGUUGCAAGAUUUGUUAGAUGCAACACGAAUGCUUGUACCUCGUACAAGACCUGGUCGAGAAAGUGAUAGCGAGGCAGAAGACAUUGAACAUGCUGAAAAGCUUCGUCAAGUUAAAGCGGUGCUUGAGGAGGGUGGGCAUUUCUCUGGCAUAUAUAGGAAAGUCCAACUAAAGCCACUAAAGUGGGUUAAAGUUCCAAAAAGUAAUGGUGAAGGUGAGGAAGAACGUCCUGUUGAAGCUCUGAUGGUUCUUAAAUAUGGGGGUGUUCUCACUCAUGCUGGCAGGAAGCAGGCAGAAGAAUUGGGUAGAUAUUUUCGGAAUAAUAUGUAUCCAGGAGAAGGUACAGGCUUGCUACGCCUUCAUAGUACAUAUCGACAUGAUCUUAAAAUUUACAGCUCUGAUGAGGGCCGUGUGCAGAUGUCAGCAGCUGCAUUUGCUAAAGGCCUCCUUGAUUUGGAAGGACAACUAACGCCAAUCCUGGUCUCCCUCGUUAGCAAGGAUUCCUCGAUGUUGGAUGGACUUGACAAUGCCAGCAUUGAAAUGGAAGAAGCCAAGGCUAGGUUGAAUGAGAUCAUAACUUCUGGUUCAAAGGCUGCUAAUAGCAAUGGAUCCUCUGAAUUUCCAUGGAUGACUGAUGGAGCUGGACUACCUCCAAAUGCAUCUGACCUUCUUCCCAAACUGGUAAAAUUGACUAAGAAGGUCACAGAACAAGUGAGACUGCUUGCAAAAGAUGAAGAUGAAGAACUUACAGAAACAAGCUCAUAUAAUGUAAUUCCGCCGUAUGACCAAGCAAAGGCCCUUGGUAAAACAAAUAUUGAUGUUGAUCGAAUUGCUGCUGGACUACCCUGUGGCAGUGAGGGGUUCCUUUUGAUGUAUGCACGCUGGAGAAAACUGGAAAGAGACUUGUACAAUGAACGCAAAGAGCGAUUUGAUAUAACACAAAUUCCUGAUGUUUAUGACUCAUGCAAAUAUGACUUGUUGCACAAUGCUCAUCUUAAUCUAGAAGGUCUUGAUGAACUAUUCAAAGUUGCUCAGCUACUUGCAGAUGGUGUCAUACCAAAUGAGUAUGGGAUUAAUCCAAAGCAGAAAUUGAAAAUUGGCUCCAAGAUUGCUCGCCGUUUGUUGGGUAAAAUCUUGAUUGAUCUGAGGAACACUCGGGAGGAAGCCAUUAGUGUUGCAGAAUUAAAGAGCAAUCAGGACCAACAUUCAACAUCAGCAAAGAGUGAGGAGGAUGCAGAUUAUCAAUCAAAGUUUUUCAUUAAGAAUGAAGACACGAGAAGAACUAGCACAAGUGAAAUAUCAAUAGAUCAGGAUGAUGACGAUGAUAAAGAGACAAAAUACCGUUUGGAUCCAAAGUAUGCAAAUGUCAAGACACCUGAACGCCACGUCCGGACACGUCUUUAUUUUACUUCAGAAUCUCAUAUCCAUUCCCUUGUCAAUGUUCUCCGUUACUGUAACUUGGAUGAGUCUCUGCAAGGAGAGGAUAGUCUUGUUUGCCAUAGUGCCUUGGAGCGCCUGCACAAUACCAAGGAGCUUGACUACAUGAGUUACAUUGUGCUGAGGAUGUUCGAGAACACUGAGGUUGCUUUAGAAGACCCGAAAAGGUUCCGCAUAGAGAUGACAUACAGCCGUGGUGCUGACUUAUCCCCCUUGGAGAAAAAUGAUAGUGAGGCUACCACUUUGCAUCAGGAGCAUACACUGCCUAUAAUGGGUCCAGAAAGGCUGCAAGAAGUGGGAUCGUAUCUCACAUUAGAGAAAAUGGAGAAGAUGAUUCGCCCAUUUGCCAUGCCGGCAGAAGACUUUCCUCCACCUGCAACUCCCGCAGGAUUCUCCGGCUACUUCUCAAAAAGUGCUGCAGUACUAGAGCGCUUGGUGAAUCUUUGGCGUUUCCAUAAACAUGAUAAGCAUUCUAGUGCUAAUGGAAAGUAAUUCUUACCAAAUAUUUUUUUCUUUUUUUUUUUUUAACUAAUUACCAUUGUUUUUGACGUUCUAUGUUAUUUCAUAUGAUGUAUAAGCUUUACUGGGUACUGUUUGGUCUUACAGACAAGCUGAGCUUUGAGCUUUUCUGGGAGAAAAUUUUUGGGGCAAACUAACAACUUUAGCAGCAAAAGAAAGUAAUCUUAGCUAUAACCAACUAUGCUCAGAUUCUUUUUUUAUUAUUUUUUUCCCUUUCGAUUAA